CGGCCGCGCACCGAAUGUACCCGAUCACUUUAUGUGUAACUGUGCCUUGACCCCGCAGGUCCCACACAUAUAUGCAAUGCAGCCGGGCUGGGGGCGAGGGCUGACAGCUCCCCCGUGCCCCCCGGGCCCUGCCAAGCCCCCUCUCGGGCACCUCCCUCGCUGCCGGAGCUGGCCGGGCCCCACUGCAUGCACCUCGACCCCCCGAAGCCAAAGCGCAGCCCUGUCCCGGCCCUGCUAUAACCAAAGGAUCCGGCGGUUCGUAUUAAAGUUGGUAUUUCUUUACGCUGCGGCUGCUGUGUUGGGGCUGGGAGGGAUUGAGGCCUUCGGUGGGGGCCUUCCCCCCUUCGGGCUUCGCGGGUGGUUCCUUCCGCCCACCCCCUCCGGGUCGGCGACAUGGUUUCUCCUUCCCCUCCCGCCGCGAGCACGUGGUUCGGCCCACGCCCCGCCCCUCGCGCAGCGAUUGGCCCCAGCGCGACUUCCGGUCCUAGCGCGACUUCCGCUUCCGGCGCGCCGUGCGGAGGAGCCGCGGCGGGGCCAUGGCGCCGCGCAGGCUGUGAGGGCCAUGGCGGCCCCGCACGGAGAGAAGCUGGAGGGAGGCGUCCCGGCCCCGCCGCCCCCGCCGGGGCCCCCGCACCCCGCGGGCAGCGCCGCCGUCGGCGGGCCCGGCCGGAAGCAGGGGAAGGCAGGUCUGCAGAUGAAGAGCCCCGAGAAAAAGCGGCGGAAGUCCAACACGCAGGGCCCGGCCUAUUCCCACCUGUCGGAGUUCGCCCCGCCGCCCACCCCGAUGGUGGACCACCUGGUGGCCUCCAACCCCUUCGAGGAUGACUUCGGGGCCCCCAAGGUGGGGGCUGCGGCCGCCCCCUUCCUGGGCAGUCCCGUGCCCUUCGGCGGCUUCCGCAUGCAGGGCGGGGGCAUGGCACCGCAGGUGCCCCCCGGGUACGGAGGGGGCCCGCAGCCCAUGCGGCGGCAGCCACCGCCGUUCGCCCCCGGGCAGAUGGGUCCGGCUUUCGGCAUGCCCCCUCAGAACCCCGGCUACGUCCAGCCCGGGGGCAUGAGCUUUCCCGGGCAGCCCUUCAACCAGCCCCCCCUCGGACAGAACUUCAGCCCUCCCACAGGGCAGCUUAUGCAGGGGCCCGUCGGGGGCUUUGGGCCCAUGAUGUCCCCCACCAUGGGGCAGCCUCCCCGGGGGGACAUGGGCCCCGGGCCGGCCCUGAACCCCCCUGGUGGGCCAGCCAUGGCGCAGCGCUUCAGCCAGCCCGGCAACCUCUUUGGACAGUCCCCCAUGCAGCGUCCUGGGCAGAACAUGCCCCCUCUUCCCCCCAACACCAGCCCUUUCCCCGGGGCAGACCCCGGCUUCCCCGCUGGCGGAGAGGAGGGGGGCAAAAACCUGAAUCCCCCGCCCAGCACUUUCCCCCCGGAGCAGCACUCGGGCUCCCCGGCUGCCAUUAACGGGGCGCAGCCCAGCUUUGCCCCCGCCAGUGCCGGCCGCGGCGGCGGCACUCCCGAAGCCAACAGCCUCCCUCCCCCCGGCAAGGCGGCCGCCGGCUCAGGGCACCAGCCCCCCCCCGGCCUGGUGUACCCGUGCGGGGCUUGCCGCAACGAGGUGAACGACGACCAGGACGCCAUCCUGUGCGAGGCCUCCUGCCAGAAGUGGUUCCACCGGGAGUGCACGGGCAUGACGGAGAACGCCUACGGGCUGCUCACCACCGAGGCCUCCGCCGUCUGGGCCUGUGACUUCUGCCUGAAGACCAAGGAGAUCCAGUCGGUGUACGUCCGCGAGGGCAUGGGACAGCUGGUGGCCGCCAAUGACGGCUGACGCCCCGCCACCCCCACCUUGUACAGAGCCCCGCACGGUUGUAGGACCAAAACCCCCUUUUGUAGCCACGAGCGCCGGAUGGCACCGGUGACCUUCCCCACUGCGGUGGGCUCCGGCUCUGCGGCGCUGGGAUGGGGCUGUGGGGGUCUCCACGGGGGCUGAGCCUUCCCCGUGUCCCCGGGGUGGG